AUGUCUACUCAACUCGCCCCUAAAAAGCUCCGUAUCGCCAUCAAUGGACUCGAUAGUCUUGGAUAUGAUAUCAAAUUCUCUAUCAGCGCUCGCUCGGAGACUUCGAUUGAUCGAUUACAUCGAAUUUUUAGCUCUCAGAGAGCCCGGGUGGACAUUAUUACUUCGGACAACGUUGAAGCGGCUCGCAGCUCCGAAGUGGUAAUCUUAGCUUUCCAGCCACAGCAAUUGGUUGAGGUUUUGAACAGCCCAGCCUUGGUGGAAACCAUACGGGGAAAGUUGGUUCUCUCUGUAUUGGCUGGAAUUUCCUCCUUACAAGUG